AUGACGAGACCUACCCUCGAUAUCGCCCUCAGGAACAACACGGGCUCUUCCAACGCCUUCGCCCACAUAACUGGUCUGGACCUCAACCGGAACAAUGCCGUCUUCUUCCUUCAGGCCGACGGCGUCACGGGCUACUACCCGACCUCGCCCUCGGACAUACUCCAGCCGCUGCAGUCCGACUGUGCCAUCCCGCUCGGUGCACCGGGGUCGACGCGGAGGCUGACAAUUCCCCAGAUCGCCGGCGGCCGCAUUUGGUUCUCCCAGGAUGGACCGCUCAAGUUCCUCCUGAACCCGGGCCCGGCCGUAGUGGAGCCCUCGGCCACCAACAUCGCCGACCCCAACUAUAACCUCAAUUGGGGCUUCUGCGAGUUCACCUUCAACAGCUACCAGGUCUACGUCAACAUCUCGUACGUCGACUUUGUCAGCAUCCCCGUCUCCCUAACCCUCGAGAACGACGCCGGCAAGGUCACCACCGUGCCCGGCUUCCCAUCCAAUGCCCUCGACGCCAUCUGCGACGGCCUCAGCGCCCAGGACGCCGCCGACGGCGCAGGCUGGUCAAGGCUCAUUGUGCGCACCCCUGACGGCUCGGCGAACUUGCGUGCCCUCAGCCCCAACUCGGGCAUCGUCAUGCAACCGGACCUGUUCCAGGGAUAUUACCAGCCCUACGUCGACGCCGCCUGGGGCAAGUACCGCGGCGCCGACCUCACGGUCAACACGCAGGCCGAGUGGGGCAAUGUCAAAGGCCGUGUGGGCGCUGACAACCUCCUGUCGUUCGGCGACGUUGGGUCCUUCGCCCAGCCGAGCGCGCGAGACAUCUUCAGCUGCAGCACGGGGCCAUUCGGCGGGUACCCCAAGAACCAGGCGCAGAUGGGCGCUAUCGGAGCGCGCAUCGCGGCGGCCUUCAACCGGUCGACGCUGCUCAUCAACGACCAACAGCCCGAGGGGGAGAGCGUAGGCAACUACUACAAGGAUGCAAGGACGAACCACUACUCGCGUAUCUGCCACGAGAUCAGCUCGGACGGCCGCGGAUACGCGUUUCCCUACGACGACGUUGGCCCAGCGGACGGUCCCGAUCAGUCCGGAUCACUCUUCGACCCCAACCCGAAGCUUCUGACUGUCGGCAUUGGCGGGGAGAAGGCGGCCACGGCGCAGGAGGAGCUGUAG